AUACAAGUAGGGAUGUCCUGUCUCUGGCCUCCGCAGCUGAAACUCCAACACCGGUGCGAGGAUGGCCACACCUCUGGAGCAGGCGUUGGCUGCCAUCGUGAGCACCUUCCAGAAGCACGCAGAAGUCUCGGGGAACAAGCACCGGCUCUGCCAGGCAGAGCUCAAGGAGCUGCUGCAGAAGGAGUUGCCCACCUGGACCCCAAUGGGGCUCCGAGAGUGUGACUACAGCGCGUUCAUGAGCGUCCUGGACACCAACAAGGACUGUGAGGUGGACUUCGUGGAAUACGUGCGCUCCCUCGCCUGCCUCUGCACCUUCUGCCACGACUACUUCAAGGACAGCACCCCCGCGACCCCCUGCUCCGAGUAGGCUAGGCCUCCCAGGGCAGGGGUCUGCUCCAGCAGGUCCUGCCCCCCACCCCCACCCCCACCCAGCGCCUCCGGCAUCCCAGCUAGAGAUUCUCCGAGCUGCCGCCCCUGCCGUGGCCGUGACAGGGUGGGGAAGGGCCCAUUCAACCCCUAAUAAAGUGCUGGUGUCACUUG